AUGUUCAUAGGUACCAAUGAUGGCAAGAAACGUGAACCUUCCACCUCUUCUUCUGCACAAUGGCCACAAUCAUGUCGCCAAUUCGGCUUCCCUGAAAUUCUUUUAGCAACUGAAAACUUUGACGAAUCAUUAGUAAUUGGGCAUGGGGGUUUUGGAAAAGUUUACAAAGGUAACUUUAUAGAUGGAUCAUGUAUUUUAGUUGCUGCAGUUAAACGGUUGGACUCCAUGUCCAAUCUAGGGGCUACGGAGUUUUGGGCAGAAAUUGAAAUGCUUUCCAAGUUGCGUCACUGUCACCUAGUAUCUUUGGUUGGUUAUUGUAACUAUGAAAAAGAGAUGAUCCUCGUGUACGAAUAUAUGCCAAAUGGAACAUUGGAAGAUCAUCUACAUAAAUUUGGUACUCCUUUGUCUUGGCUUCAACGGCUCAAAAUAUGCAUCGGUGCUGGUCGUGGGUUACACUACCUUCACACUGGUACUGGGAUAGAAUUUGGUGUUAUACAUCGGGAUGUAAAGAGUUCUAAUAUUUUGUUACAUGAAAGUUGGGCCGCUAAAAUUUCAGAUUUCGGGUUGUCUAGAAUAGGUCCCACAAAUCAACCAACGACUUAUGUAAACACACUUGUGAAAGGGACUUUUGGGUAUCUGGAUCCAAAUUAUUUCACAACUGGACGGUUGACAAGGAAGUCUGAUGUGUAUGCUUUUGGGGUUGUCUUACUGGAAGUGUUGUGCCGGAAGCGUGCAGUGGAUAAAAGUCUUGAUGAGGAGCAAUGGGGUUUAGCAACAUGGGCCCAAGAGUUUAUCACAACAGGCAACUUUAAGCAUAUAGUAGAUUCUGAGAUAAGAGGUCAAAUAUCCCCAAAAUGUUUAAAGGGUUUUGUUCGAAUUGUAGAUAAAAUGUUUGCACGGCAAUCCUAA